AAGGACAUUGGGGACACUGGGGACAGAAGGACAUUGGGGACACUGGGGUCACAGCGGGGUCCCGAGCAGUGUCCCCAUCCCCGUGUCCCAGUGAGGGCCGGGGCCACCGCGGAUCCCAAAGGGCUCCAGGACCCCAAAGGAUCCCAAAGGUCCCAGAGACCCCAAAGUGUCCCACAGACCCCCAAAAGGUCCCAGAGACCCCAAAAGAUCCCAGAGACCCCAAAGGAUCCCAGAGACUCCAAAGAUCCCACAGACCCCAAAGGGCUCCAGGACCCCAAAGGAUCCCAAAGAUCCCACAGACCCCAAAGAUCCCAGAGACCCCAAAGUGUCCCACAGACCCCCAAAAGGUCCCAGAGACCCCAAAGGGUCCCACAGACCCCAAAGUGUCCCAGAGACCCCAAAGGUCCCAGAGACCCCAAAAGGCUCCACAGACCCCAAAGGGCUCCACAGACCCCAAAGGAUCCCAAAGAUCCCACAGACCCCAAAGAUCCCACAGACCCCAAAGUGUCCCACAGACCCCAAAGGUCCCCCAGACCCCAAAAGGCUCCACAGACCCCCAAAAGGCUCCAGAGACCCUCAGUUUCUAUCGACCCCAAAAGGAUUUUAUGGCCCCUGAAGGGUUUUAGGGACCCCAAAAGUUCCCACAGCCCCCAAGGUUUUAUUGACCCCAAAAGAUCCCACGGACCCCUACGGGUUCUGCAGACCCCAAAAGGAUUUUAUGAACCCCAAAAAGGAUUUUAUAAAACCCAAAAAGGAUUUUAUGGACCCCAAAAAGGAUUUUAUGAACCCCAAAAAGGAUUUUAUGGAUCCCAAAAAUUUCUGGAGACCCCAAAGAUUUCCAGGGAUGGAUUUUGCAGCCCCAAAGGUCAAAGGUCAGCGGGGUUUUAUGGCUUUGGGGUUUUAUGGCUUUGGGGUUUAAUUGCUUUAGGGUUUAAUUCCUUUAGGGUUUUAUGGCUUUAGGGUUUAAUUGCUUUAGGGUUUAAUUGCUUUGGGGUUUAAUUGCUUUGGGGUUUAAUUGCUUUGGGGUUUUAUGGCUUUGGGGUUUAAUUGCUUUGGGGUUUAAUUGCUUUGGGGUUUAAUUGCUUUGGGGUUUAAUUCCUUUAGGGUUUAAUUGCUUUGGGGUUUAAUUGCUUUGGGGUUUAAUUGCUUUGGGGUUUAAUUGCUUUGGGGUUUUAUGUCUUUGGGGUUUUCUGGCCCCGGGGUUUUAUGGCCCCGGGUUUACACCCCGAUGUGUGAAAGUGCCUCCUGCCAUAAAGAUCUGGGAACUUUUA